AUGUUCCAAACUAUCAUCGGUCGCUCCAGGCCUCAGAUCGGCAACUUAACCAACCGACUGGGCUCGAGGGAUACUUCUUCCGUCACCGGGCAGAUCCCCAUGCGGUCCCUGUACGUCCAGCGGGCUGCUUGGAUUACUGCAGGUGGCGGGAUGGCGGCUACGCUGCAGGGAGUGUACAUGAUGUUGAGGUCUUUCCGACAUCUGAAAUAUAUCUAA